GAGAGCGGCAGCCCCGCGACUGUCUCGCGCCCGCCUCGCGCGCCUCCAGUGCUGCUUUACAUAAAGAAGAAAGACAUAAAGAAGGACCGAAAGAAAGAAUUUUUUUUUUUUUUUUUUUUUGCAGAACUGUUGCGCCUCAUUUUUAAAGUGGACCUAACACCGCCUUACUUUCUUGACAUGGGAGAUAUGGGCGAUCCGCCGAAAAAAAAGCGUCUCAUUUCGCUCUGCGUGGGCUGUGGAAACCAGAUUCACGACCAGUACAUCCUGAGGGUUUCUCCCGACCUCGAGUGGCACGCAGCCUGUCUCAAGUGUGCGGAAUGUAACCAGUACCUGGACGAGUCGUGUACCUGCUUUGUCAGAGAGGGUAAAACCUACUGCAAAAGGGACUACAUCAGGUUAUACGGGAUAAAAUGCGCCAAAUGCAACAUCGGCUUCAGCAAGAACGACUUUGUGAUGCGGGCGCGCGCCAAGGUGUACCACAUCGAGUGUUUCCGGUGCGUCGCGUGCAGCCGCCAGCUCAUCCCCGGGGACGAGUUCGCGCUCAGGGAGGACGGCCUCUUCUGCAGGGCCGACCACGACGUGGUGGAGAGGGCCACCAUGGGGGCCGCAGACCCCCUGAGCCCUUUACACCCAGCAAGACCUUUGCAGAUGGCAGCAGAGCCCAUAUCGGCCCGACAGCCCGCGCUUCGACCCCACAUCCACAAGCAGCCCGAGAAGACGACCCGGGUGAGGACAGUGCUGAAUGAGAAGCAGCUGCACACGCUGCGCACGUGCUACAACGCGAACCCGCGGCCGGACGCGCUCAUGAAGGAGCAGCUCGUGGAGAUGACCGGCCUCAGUCCGCGGGUCAUCCGGGUCUGGUUCCAGAACAAGCGCUGCAAAGACAAGAAGAGGAGCAUCCUGAUGAAGCAGCUGCAGCAACAGCAGCCCAAUGACAAGACGAACAUACAGGGGAUGACAGGGACCCCCAUGGUGGCCGCCAGUCCGGAGAGGCACGACGGGGGUCUGCAGGCGAACCCGGUGGAGGUGCAGAGCUACCAGGCUCCCUGGAAGGUGCUGAGCGACUUCGCGCUGCAGAGCGACAUUGACCAGCCUGCCUUUCAGCAACUGGUAAAUUUCUCUGAAGGGGGUCCAGGGUCUAAUUCGACUGGAAGUGAAGUCGCAUCCAUGUCCUCUCAACUCCCGGACACCCCCAACAGCAUGGUGUCGAGUCCCCUAGAGGCAUGA